CAUACUAGAGUAGAAACGGAGUCAAAACCCCCGGCUUCCACCCCUAUAUAUACGCUCUCCGCCCGCUGUCUCUCUCGUCCCCCGGCGUGCUCGUUCUCCUCCUCGGUCACUCGGUCACCUCCCACUUCUCCCCUCUCCACGUACCAACGAGACACGGGGAGCUGACGGGCGGAUGGGAGGUGCUGCGUCGCCCCCGACGCGGAGGCCGGGCGAGGCCGCGGAGGUGACGGAGCUGGAGCUGCGCAUCCAGCUACUCGGCGGCGGCGGCGGGGGCGGGGGCGGCGGCGUGUGCUACAACAUCAACGACAACGCCGACCUGCUGGCCGAGAUCCUGGGGCGCCUGGACGGGCGCUCGCUGGCCGCGGCCGCCUGCGUCUGCCGCCUCUGGGCCGCCGUGGCGCGCCGCGACGCCGUCUGGGAGGCGCUCUGCCUCCGCCACGUCGGCCCGGCGCCGCCGGCCGCGGCAGCGGCUGCCGGCCCCGCCACGCGCGCCGUCGUCGCCGCGCUCGGCGGGUACCGCCGCCUGUACCGGCUCUGCCUGGGGCCCGCGCUCGACCGUCUCGGGCGCGCGGGGGCGCUGGCGCAGGCCCAGGCGGCGCGGGCGCACCACCUGUCGCUCUCCCUCUCGCUCUCGCUCUUCUCCAUCGACUGCUACGAGCGCCUCGGCGUCGGCGUCGGCGGCGGCGGCGGGGGCGCCGGCGCGGCCGCCGGGAGGCAGCAGCAGCAGCCGUCGUCCCUGCUGUUCCUCUGCAAGCCCGUCGACGUGUCGUGAUGGCAUUCAUCAGCGGCCCGCGGCCUGGCACGCACUGGCACCGCUGUCCCUCGCCCCGCCACGCUGCCAAUCGCCUAAUCCAUCGUCCCGGCCGUCCGACCGCCCCAUGUCGCGUCGCGUCCUUGGCCUACGCUGCCGCCCAGCCUUGUGCUGCUCGUCUGAGUGUGCGACGCCGACGACGGACGCCGCCGCGCGCUUGACUUAAAUUAUUAAUUGGUUUGAUUAUUAUUAGUAGCACGGAUGAACGGACAAUAAGCAAGCAAGAGCUGUUCAAUCAAUUCAAGCUGUACCUGAGACGCAUAUUAAAUUCCGCCACGGGAAUGAUGAUCCUUUGCUUUGCGUUUG